CGGAGCGGGCAGCAGCGAUUGGCCGGAGUGGCGCGGCGCCGCGGGAGGGGCGGAAGGUUCUGGAGGGCUGGCGGGAUCUGGAAGCUUCCGCCGGACGGGUAUAUAGAGUCCGGGACAGGGCAGCUGCGGAGCCGGAGGCGGCGACAGCUGGGCGGCGGUGGCCAUGGGCAAGGACUAUUACCAGACGCUGGGCUUGGCCCGCGGCGCGUCCGACGACGAGAUCAAGCGAGCCUACCGCCGCCAGGCGCUGCGCUACCACCCCGACAAGAACAAGGAGCCGGGCGCCGAGGAGAAGUUCAAGGAGAUCGCCGAGGCCUACGACGUGCUCAGCGACCCGCGCAAGCGCGAGAUUUUCGACCGCUACGGAGAGGAAGGCCUAAAGGGUGGUGGCCCCAGUGGUGGUAGCAGUGGUGGUGCUAAUGGUACCUCUUUCAGCUACACAUUCCAUGGAGACCCUCAUGCUAUGUUUGCUGAGUUCUUUGGUGGCAGAAACCCCUUUGAUACCUUUUUUGGGCAGCGCAACGGGGAGGAAGGCAUGGACAUCGAUGACCCAUUCUCUGCCUUCCCCAUGGGCAUGGGUGGCUUCCCCAAUGUGAACUUUGCACGUGCCCGCCCUGCCCAAGAGCCCACCCGAAAGAAGCAAGAUCCUCCAGUCACCCAUGACCUCCGGGUCUCCCUUGAAGAGAUCUACAGCGGCUGUACCAAGAAGAUGAAAAUCUCCCACAAGCGGCUGAACCCUGAUGGAAAAAGCAUUCGAAAUGAAGAUAAGAUCCUGACCAUCGAAGUGAAGAGGGGCUGGAAAGAAGGGACCAAAAUCACCUUUCCCAAGGAAGGGGACCAGACCUCCAACAACAUUCCAGCUGACAUCGUCUUUGUUUUAAAGGACAAGCCACACAACAUCUUCAAGAGAGAUGGUUCCGAUGUCAUUUAUCCAGCCAGGAUUAGCCUUCGGGAGGCUCUCUGUGGUUGCACUGUAAAUGUCCCCACUCUGGACGGCAGGACCAUCCCUGUUGUAUUCAAAGAUGUCAUCAGGCCUGGCAUGCGGCGGAAAGUUCCUGGAGAAGGCCUCCCUCUCCCCAAAACACCCGAGAAACGUGGGGACCUUGUUAUCGAAUUUGAAGUCAUCUUCCCCGAAAGGAUUCCCCUGACCUCCAGAACCGUCCUGGAGCAGGUUCUUCCCAUAUAGCCACCUGCAUUCCCCAAGGACUGAGCCAGGGACUUCUCCAGAGCUGCAGAUUUCCGGACCGUUCACUGGUUGCAUACAGCGGGAGGGCCCAGGGAGGGCUUUUGCUCUGCCGAAUGUUUUCCACAGAAUAUAUUACAAUCUUUCAAAGUCGCGCACUAGACUACAGUGAUUUUUCGAGCGCUAGGCAGGCGGUGGGAAGAACAGCCCUCCUGAAAUGGACCCACCCUCUGCACCCCAGCUCCUGACCAAGGGUGUGAGGCAGGCCUGCAACUGGACUCGCCCCCUGUGCUGUCCUUAGUUUCUGGCUGUCAUGUGGCAGUGGCCCAGCAUCUCUGUUGGCAGACCUGUGCACUAGUCAGUCUCCACUGUGUGAGAGGUUCUUGUUUUAUUAUGUAUUUGUCCCACGCCUUGUUCCUCCUUCCCAGAAGAACCCUGUCUUGUCUUGGCUAUCUCAAAUUGAGACCAAUUCAGUAGGACUGCCAGACCAGCAGCACAAGCAAUACCUGGUUGCAGGACCACAGGGCCAGCCUCAGGUGAGCAAAUCUCACUGCCACCUCCCUCUAGGUUUGGGACCUGGACAGCCAGGAGAUCCCCUGGACCUCUGGCUCUGUUGAAGUCAGAUGGCUGGCUUAUGGCCACAGUAUUUGUUAGUCGGUCGAAAGGUAGUCCUUGGCCGUACCUGGGACUUCUCAGGCCCAGGUGAUUUUUUUUUGUGUGUGUAAUGGACUCUGAACUCUCAAAAGGAUCUAAUCCUUUUGAAUUUUGCACAGCCCUAGAUAUAAUCCCUUUAUAUGAAGGGGUCUUUGCUUCUGAUGAAAGGAGCACUGUGGAACGUCUGUAAAUAUGUUUUUAUAAUUCCAUUCAAAGCUGGUGUGCACAGAUGAAAGCAGUCCCUGUCAACUACUGCUGUCUGUCCAGGGCUGUGAUGGAGUCAGACCUUGGGAGUGAAGGUGUCUGUUCUUUGAAGCUAGCCCGGUGCUCUGACAUUCGAUUCAUUGUAAGUUGCCACUACCAACACGAGACCAAAGUGUGUGACUUGUCAUUAUGCAGUGUGACAGCAUUAAAGACUGAUGGUAAACCUCA